AUGACGACCUUUACGAAGCUUGAGCCAGGCAGCCAACCUCUCAUAUCAGUGUAUCCCAACCGCAAGCUCUCCAAGAUCAAUGACAAUGUCUUCGGCGGCUUCACCGAGCACAUGGGGCGCUGCAUUUAUGGAGGCUUGUACGAUCCAGACAACCCGAAUAAAGACUUGAUCGACGAAAAUGGGUUCCGCAAGGAUGUCAUAGAAGCUAUGAGAGAGCUGAAAAUACCAAACUGCCGGUAUCCUGGCGGGAACUUCCUCGCUACCUACCACUGGAUCGACGGUGUCGGCCCCCGGGAGAAGAGGCCCAGAAGGCCCGAGUUGGCAUGGCUGGGGAUCGAAAGCAACCAAUUUGGUACAGACGAAUUCAUGAAGUGGUGUGAGACCGUGGGCACCGAGCCAUAUCUUGCUUUGAACUUCGGCACUGGGACGCUUGACGAGGCAAUGGCCUGGCUGGAAUAUUGCAACUCUAGCCAGGACACCUAUUACGCCAACUUGCGCCGGAGCCAUGGCCGUGAAGAGCCAUAUAAUGUCAAGUAUUGGGCUCUCGGUAAUGAAUGUUGGGGUCCGUGGCAGGUGGAGCAGAUGACCAAGGAAGAUUAUGCCAAAAAGGCAUACCAGUGGGCAAAAGCUUUGAAGCUCAUCGAUCCCUCCAUCACCCUGAUCCUUUGUGGCGAGACUGGUCAUUCCGAGUGGGACUUUCACGUCUUGAAAGAGUGUAUACGAUGGGACCAGCAUGCUCUCGGAGCUGGAAAUGUGACUGCGAGCUUGAUCGACCUGCAUAGCAUCCACAUUUACACUGCCAGCAGCGACCCAGUAAAGAACAGCGUAGCUCCCAAAUCAGCGGAGAGAGCUAUUGAGAUCGCCGCAGGACUCAUUGACUUGGCAAGGAUCCAGAACGGGGUACCAGCUUCGGUCCCCAGACAGACCAUCUGUUUCGAUGAGUGGAAUGUCUGGGACCCGCAAAGAGCUCCAGGAGACCUAGGCGCCGAGGAGAAGUACACCUUGUCGGACGCAUUGGCGGUGGCAGUAUGGCUGAAUGUGUUCAUCCGGCAAAGCAAGUACGUUGGCAUGGCAAACAUUGCUCAAAGUGUGAAUGUGAUCUCACCCUUGAUGACGACCAAAGAGGGAAUCCUCAAGCAGACCACUUGGUGGCCAUAUCUGCUCUUCUGUAAAUAUAUGAGAGGGCACACUAUCGCGACUCAUGUCAGCAGUCCAGUGUAUGAUGGCGAAACGGAACCGAAAUGGUUGCAGGCUGCUGCGGACAUGCCCUGGUUGGAUGUCUCUGCUGCGAUUGAUGAUGAUGGGUGGGCCAGCCUGGUUGUAGUCAAUUUGCAUCUAGAGGAGAAUUUUGAGGUCGCUCUCGAUGGAGUGUAUACUACAGCGAAGGUGUAUACCGUGACUGGGAAAAAGUGGGAUGUCGUCAAUACUGCUGGGGAGGAGAAUGUCGUCGUCCAGGAGGGCGAAUGGAAAUGUGAGCCCAAGUACACAUUUCCAAAGCAGAGCAUGACCAUGCUACGGUGGAAGGUAUGA